AUGGAAACCGGAUUGGUUGCAAUGUGGCACAGACCUGGAACCUUCCUGAGAGAGGCUGGGGCAGGCAGUGACUGUUCAGACGUCCAGUGUCUUUGGGACACCUCUUCAGCGCUGUCUCCCCUGCCUUUAGGACGAGUCUCAAGCACCAGCCAACUCAAGGCACGUUGCCCCUCUCAGGUCUGCUGCGAAGGGACGGGAGGAAGACAGAGCUUUUCCCCUCUACUUCCAGUUUUUGUUUGUUUCUGAAAUACUUUGUUUCAAAUAUUGAUGGACAAUAAAACGAUACGGAUAUGUCCCCUCCUCGCGAAGAGCAAGCAAGCAAGCGCCCAGCAGCCCCCGACAAGCGUGCCUGCACUCCCGGGGACAAGCGGACGCGGCCGGGUUGAGACGGGAAGGAUGGCCCACAGUGGAAGGCGAGGGCCAGGGCUCGAGCUCUCAGCGCUCGCCAGCUUCGGACCAAGUAGCUUGAAACUUGCCUUUCCCCCUUGCGAGCUGUCGGGGCCCAGCGGUGGGCCGGUGGUGAUGCUUCAAACGUGGGAGGACAAAGUCCUGGGGACAAGAACCUACCGGGCGCCCAUAAGGUUCUACCAGGCGCGGCAAGACACUAAGACUGUGUUUCCUUCCUGCGUGGUGGCCGUUGGUUGUGCAUGGGCUGCGAAGAUUGGAUUUCUGAGAGGUCAAAGCUGCAGGAGAAAAACAGAAACAAAAUAA